CCGUCACGUACAUCUGAUCGGAGGUGUGUGUGCGAAAUUCGACGCCGAUUUGACGUGAUAAAGGUUGAGCCAUGCACGGCGCCCCGCGUCGCUGGCAUGAUGAUCGCGCGUUAAUUAAUUAAUCGGCAUCGAUAUCGAUGUGGACCAUCCCCUGGACGCCGUCGGGUCGAUGGUUCCUGUCCUCGCGACCGCCGGCGGCUCGCAUUGAACCAUGUUCAGCAAGAAACUUCAUGUGGACGUCAAGAAGUCGACGCUCAAGAUCCAGGAUGUCAAGAAGGACAGCGCGACGCGUUUCAAACACCUUAAAAUCGUGCUAGAAAAUGUGGACACUGAUGAGGCAAAGGGCUUUUUUGAGGGUAACUUCAGCCAUGUCUACUUCAUCCUGUACGAUUGUUUUGUAUCUGCUGAAGCAAAUCUUCGACAACGUGAGCUUUCCUUCCAUAUCGUGCAUAAGGCACACAGAGAAGAAUUAGAACAAGUAUUGCAGCUUCUGGAAAAAGUUUUAACUCUUCUUCCUGAGCUGCUCAACAGACGAUGGCAAUGUCAUAGUUUAGCACGGAUUCUACAGAAGCUCUUGCAUCCUGGUAACAGUUGGAAACUUCGUAGACAAGCCAUAAGGUACUUUAUUUUAUGGUAUCAAGCCCUUGGAGAAAAUGCUCCCAAGCAUAUACAUCAGAUGUUCGCCAGCUUGGUGCCUGGAUUUCCACCGCAUCAAGCGUCGCCUUACAAAUGCGAUCGUAAAACAGAGGGCAAGAAAGAAAAACUUGUGAAAACAACUAAUUCCGAAGAAAGAGACAAGAAAGAAUUCUAUGAUACGCAACUCGGACAGAGCACCUUUCAUGACAAUGGAUCAAAUCAAUGUCCUAUCAGCCAAGUUGACGGCGGGCCUAUCUUACCACCGCAAAGUGGAGAAAAACCGCUCGACAAUGAGACUGUUAGGUUUUUAGAAGCGUUACUCGAAUUUAUGGUCACUCAAGUGGUGAAAAUAGAAUGGCGGGAUAAAUCUACGCGGCAAUACAAAACUUUUCAAUUUUUAUUAGAACGUUUCAAAGCGACAUAUCUUCGUCACAUUUGUCCGGAAUUUGAUGACAACUUUUCGCUUUACAAACCUAAUCUGGAAUUACCUACAAUGCGAAAGCCGAUGAAUCAAAAUCAGAAUAACUAUUUGCUCUGUAAAGUCGCUGUAAUCAAAUGGAUCGCAAGCUUCACACAUGUUGCUAAAAAAGAAGGACUUUUUGCACAACUUUCGCAAAGUACAACACCGAAUGAAGAAAAUGCCGAGUCAGAAUUACGCCGUGUGUCUGUUACUCAAAAUUCUACGGACUCGAAUUUAUUGUCACCCGAAUCGACUAUGUCCCAGCAAGAUAGUCAAAAUCAGGAAGAUAGUACCGUUUCGGCGAUCAUGUUAGUCAGGGAGGUUUUAUAUGGGAAUAGAGAUAAUGUAAACUUUGUACAUGAAUUGUACAGACAGGCGUUUCUUCUGGAUUUUAAUCAUGCAGGAGCUAUAAGAAAAGCUAUUGCCGUUUAUAAAGAUUGGAUUCAAAUGAAUGAAAUUCCUCCGUUUAUGUUGGAACCAUUAGACGGUCAUAAGGAUCGAGAUUCGGAAGAAAGUCAGAGAAAGGAUGCCAAUGAGACGGAAAAGAGUCCUUCCGAAAGUUAUCGACAGACGAGAUUAAGAAACGACUCUUAUCUUGGCGCUAUACAUCGAGAGAAUUUAUUCAUUAGAGCAGGCUUGCAAAAUGUUUUGCAAAUUUUCAUUACUCAAGCAUCAAAUGUAUUUUUCUUAGAGAAUUCGAGACCUAAUGCGUCUCCAACAUUACUCGAGGAACAAACGGACAGUUGUAAAAGAGUCUUAAAUGUGUAUCGAUAUGUUGUUAUGCACUCCAGAUUGGAACCAGCAACUUGGGAACAGUUACUUAGAGUAUUACUGCAAAUUACAUCGCUCGUAUUGAGUGAGAAAUCCUCUCGCCGCAAGCAUCAAGAAACUAUCGGCGGGAAACUUGCUCCUGCGAUAUUCCAGACUUUAAUUGUUACAUGGAUCAAGGCUAAUUUAAACGUGGUUAUUUCUACCCAGUUGUGGGACCAGUUCUUAGAAGUGUUAACGUCGUUAACACAAUGGGAAGAGCUAAUUCGAGAGUGGGCGAAAACUCUGGAUACGCUGACGAGAGUGUUAGCGCGACACGUAUAUAACUUGGAUUUGAAUGAUCUACCUUUGGAUAGACUCAGCGAACAAAAAUCAAAAAAGCGACGCGGAGUCGGAAGUCGCGCGGCAUCGACAGGAAGUGUACAACCACCUCGAAAAGGUAGUGUCGAUCAAGAGAACAAUGCAGUGCCGAAAGAAAGCGUCAUAGAUCAUCCGCUGCGCGAUAUGAGGAAAGUGCGACCGCUACCGCGCAGCGCGAGCGACAACACUAUAUACAAUGGCAAAACUCGUACAAAAUUGCAUAGACAACGCACGCAUACGAUACACGGUAUUCCCGUACUCCCCCUAUCGAUAGAACAAGAUAUGGCGCGGUUACUGUCAAGCAGCUCAUCGUCGGCGACCAGUCGGAAAAUGCUGUCCAGCAGACGUGCCAAAUCUUUGGAUAGCAUUGUUAUAGUCGAUAGCGAACCACCAUCGCCACGAUGCCCAUCGCCGACACCUAGCAGUGGCGUCGACAGCAACAAAGAUAGCCCCAUACAAAUAGAGAAUAUUGAUGGUAGCAGUAUUGAUACAAACGAUGCAUCUGAGAGGAGAUCAGUUAUGGCAGGCGGAGGAGUACGUGGAUGGUUACCAGAUGUGGCUGUCGUUUUAUGGCGUCGUAUGCUGUCAGCACUGGGAGAUGUCAAUAACAUUCAAGAUCCUGUUUUGCACGGCCAAGUGAUGGAUUAUCUUGUGCAACUCACACAAACAUUGAUUAAGAUACGUUUAAAUCAAGGAGUGUCCGGAGAUAAUCAAGCAACACCUCCGGCACCAGAAUUGAUCCCACCUUUGACAGUCAUUGCACCUUGGUGCUUCAAGGCAAUUCAACUUCCCGAGAAAUACGAAAGUGGCAAAUUGGCCGCAUAUCGUCUUAUAUGUCUCUUAACUGUGCAACCGUUGGAUAUCAGUUUACCGAAACAGCAUCUUACGCUUUUUUAUCGCGCCGUUCAUACUGGGAUCGCUAGUAAUGACGGUAAAGUACUGCACGUACUCGUAAAGUACACAGGACCCAGAUUAUUUAGUCUGAAUCUACCUGGAUCGAGUCUCUUAAUUCUGGACUAUAUACAUGCCGCUAAUGUAAUACUUAGCAGUCAAGACAUCGAGGCACCAAGGACAGAAGCUGUUUCUAUUAUCGGUUCAUUGUUAUCCUUACCUGCUGCAACAGUUAAAUUACCCAUGUUACAACCAAACGGACCUGACAUUGGAACUAUGACGUGUCCAGAAGCAAAAGAGCAUAUUGUAACGAUACUCUUACGAAGCUGUCGACGAGAACCCACCGGAAUUGCAAGAUGUCUGGCCCUAUCGAGUAUUGCGAUAUUUGCAUAUAAAGAAUUGUCCUACAAAACGCAACAUCCAAGAGUUCCAGAGGCUGUCACAGUCCUUCUCCUUGCACUUAGAGCUUCGCAUGUCACGGUUGCUCAGGUUGCGUGUGAUUCUCUGUUACUUCUUUGCGAUAAAGCCGAUGUGCUGCUAGAAUUGUAUCCUAAUGUGCCAUCUAAGAUAAUACAGAUCUUGUCGGACACACUAGGGCGAAUGACAACGCGAGAAAGACGCGGCUCACUGACAGUGUCGAUGCUAUUUUGCUUGGGCGAAUGGGCUAUGCACUUAGGACCGACAGUAUUACUACAAGUGUUCCAAGGGAAACCUCUUCUGAUGACCUUAUUUACAGUGUUAAACAACAUAGUGCAAAAUAGAAUUGGAAAGGAAUUUAUGAAAACCGCUAAGAGUAAUCCAGAGGACGACGAUGAUUUUGAUCCUAAUAUUACAUUGGAUAAUUUGGUCAAUGUGCCCUCUUCGAAAUCACCUCACAAAGGAAAUAUUCAGUCUGUACAACUGGCAGCGAAAAUGGUAAUGAUGCAUUUAAUCAAUCACCUGGGACACUUUCCGAUGGGUAUCGGAGCUGCGCGUCUCUCGUCGCUGGUCGUUGAGCUGGAUGACGUUCCUGGAAUCGACGGAGACGAAUUGUCCUCUGCCAUUUUCCAAGCGCCUAAUAUACAGCUCUUGAUGCUCUCUAAUUCGAUCAUAAUGUCGUUAGUAGAAUUGGCGGCACUGGAGGCACCUGGCGGAGGAGUCACAGCCGGUUUGACUACGGCCCCUUCCUUGGUCAGAGUUUUGUUGCGCGAUCUCGCUGGAAAAGCUUCCUGGGACAGUUCAAUCUUAUACAGCCAACCUUUUGUCGAGGACGAUCUACCGUUGCCAUUUGCGAAGCCUGUUGAUUGGAAUGCGAAAUUACAUACAGACGAUUUGAACAGCGUCAUCACGCCUCACAAUUGUACACCCAGACAUACGAUACGACAUCGUGAGCCUCACAUAUUGCCGACUUUUGCGAACGCUGCGAGCGACAUGGAUAACUUGGACGAUCUCCUUCAAUACAUAGGACACACGAGUCCAGAAGUUUUGACUAACCCAGAGAUCGCUCUCAAUGCACCCGCUAAUUCACCUCAGGGACAUUAUCUCGAAAGCGAGACUAUCGCGACGAUUCUGAAUCAAAGAAAUGUCGAGCAAGAACACGCGAACAAUUGGAGUCAACAUAUCAGUAUGAGUGCAUCGGCAGUUAGUCCACCGUCGUGCCGUCCACCUCCGGCGCCGUUUCAUCACUGCCGCCUUCUAUUCUCGCAUCUAGGCCUGUCUGGUUGGGAGCUGCGUAAAAGAUUGCAUUUAUUGGCGAAAAACGAGAAGCUCGUACGUGAACUCCGUAAUCUCGACGGCCAACGGUCCAGAGAGACGCACAAGAUAGCGGUCAUUUACGUCAGCCAGGGUCAGGAAGACAAAAACUCCAUACUAAGCAACGUCACUGCCAGUAAGGAGUAUGAGAGCUUCAUCGCGAGGCUCGCUUGGGAAGUUGAACUGGAAUCGCACACGGGUUUCCUCGGCGGCCUGGUGCCCGGGAAAGCAUCCGGUGUUACCGCACCAUAUUAUGCUACAUCGUUCACCGAAGUUCUGUUCCAUGUUGCUACGAGAAUGCCGUCGGAUAGCCCUGAGAGUUUAUUGCAAAAGACGCGACAUCUUGGCAAUGAUGAAAUCCACAUAGUCUGGUCGGAACACUGGCGAGACUAUCGUAGAGACAUCAUACCCACAGAGUUCUGCGAUGUUUUGAUAGUCAUUUAUCCGCUGCAAAAUAAGCUAUAUCGAAUACAGAUCUCGCGAAAAUCGGAGAUUCCGUUUUUUGGGCCUUUAUUCGACGAGUGCGUUGUGGAGGAUAAGGUAUUGCCAGGUUUAGUGAGAACUACCGCAUUGGCCGCGAGUAGAGCUAAACGGUCUACGCUUACAUUAUAUCAAAAUUAUUACGAGGAAAGAGCGCGAUCUAUCGAUACCGUUAUGAGAAAUCACAAAGAACCUACAACGUUCGAGGAGUUUGCGGCUAAUGUUUACUCACCAGUGCAACCACUGAGCCCGUUCAGCGGAACUUCAUCUGUCUCUGGCUCUACAACAAGCGUGCAAUCCACAGCAUCGUCAAACCUUGCGGCAGCGCUUAUUGAUCCACACCAAGGACGUUUCGGUCUGCGCAGCACUUCGACAGCAAGCAGUGACAAUCGUGCGAAUAGAGUUUCUGAUGGAAGCAGAGUGUGGUUUAGCAAUGACACCCCCGAGAGCACUACGCUUCACGGAAUUUCACCAAGACCUGUAAAAAAGAUGUCCUUUAAAACUGGACCAAAGCAGAGAGCUAACACGCAGUCCACUCCACCGGAUAGUCCGAGAAAUAAAUAAAAGGUUUUUUUUAUUCAUAUCGGUAACAUGCUCUGCACAACAGAUUUUCGGUGUACUCACUGAGCGUUACACUUCAAAGGAACUUAUCGGGUAAAAAUGAAAAUAACGAAUAAUUAUACGAUAGGGUAUUCCACUGUUAGUAUUUCGCGCAUAACGUGAAUUAAAGAUAUAUAUAUAUAUAUAUAAAUGAAUAUAAAUACUUAUAUAUAAAUGAAUUUCUGUGAACCAUUCCAUUUUCGAACGUUAUAUUCAUAAUUUAAUGAAUGCCCCUACUUUUUAUAUGUUUUAUAAUGUAUCAAUGUAGAAUCUCUUUCAUUUUAUUCGAUAACAUGAAGAGAUUACAAUCGCCGAAUUAUUUUAUUUUCGAACCAAAGUCAAAGGUGCUUGAUAUUUUAUAAUAUGGGCGAAUUAAAUAUUUCGUAUAUGGAGGUAUAAAACCAAAAAUAUAAUUACAAAAAAUCUCCAAUCGAGAUACAAGAGAGAAGAGUAAAUUUGAAAUUGAAAGUUAUUUAUUCCAUUCAUUGAAUAUAAACAAUAACUAUUUGCUUUAUACGAAUUACAUCUUCUCUAUCUCUCUUUCUCAGUGAUAAUAAUCAAAGUAUUAAUAUUAUCUAUUACUAUUAACGAACGGCAGACUACAAUACGGGAUUAUAUUGUGGUAUAACGAUCGACGCGGUACUUGAGAUGAGAUUUUUCUAGAAGUAUACAUUUCGCGAUAGUAAAAAAACUCUGUGUAUAAUUAGAAUUUUUUGACUGUUUUGAAGACUAUUCCAUGAAACACAUUCAAAAGUGUAGGUAUUAGCAACGAAGAGGUAGUUAAUAAUUACUGAUGCGCAGAUCAUGGCCAAAGCAGCAUUAUUUUUUCACUAAUUUAUAAUAAGAUAGAACAGAGAAACUGUGUGUAUGUAUUGUAUAUAAAUUGUUAAGCGUAUAAAAUGGUUCCAAAGUCGUUUAAAAUUAUUCCAAAUAUACGUCAUGUUAUAUUGCUAUAUUAUAUAAUAUGAUAUAUUUAAUUAAACAUAUACACAUACACACACACGCGCGCGCAAUAUACAUAAAAUUCAUUUUAUUAUCAUCAUAUACAUAUAUAUAUAUGCUUUUACUGAUUGUGUAUAUAUAUAUAUAUAUAUAUAAUAUUGUACUUAAUUAAAUAUUUUCAUUAGUAUUGCUACCGUUAUUGUACUAUUAUUUAACUUUUUAAAAUGAAUUGUUCUUAAUAUUAGAACAUUUUCUUGUAUUGCGUUUAAUGUUGGCACAUAAAAAGAUUAGUGGAUGAAUAAGAAUAGUGAACAAAUGUAAAAAAAUUUUUUCGUCCAAAGAGAUGAACUUGACAAAUUCUUUUCUUUUUUUAAAAAAAAAAGGAAUAUCUAUAUAUACAUAUAUUCGAGAAGAAAAGACGCCUAAAAGGAGAAUAUACCAAUGCCCCUUAAUUGUUUCUUGUACAAGAAUAAAAUUGUAUUCUACAUCUACCUAUAUGUAAAGAUAUUGUGCAAAUGUUAACAUAUAUUGAUAUUUGUGCGGAAUAACAUGUAAUUAUCUUAUAGAGAGCAUUUCUUCAUUUGCAAAGAAAUUAAUUAUUUCCAAGAAUUAACAAGGCAUAUAUAAAAUGUCUUACAAUGCAGUGAUUCUAUAUUAAUAUAAAACAGAAGAAAGCAUCGAUACUAAUCCAUAUUUAUUGUUUUCUACAGAAAAGCGAGUUAAACUAAAUGUAUAUUUAUCUUAUAAUUAUGUAUAAUUAUCUUUUUAUCUAUGUAAUUAACAUUGUAUUGUAUAAUAACUUUUCAGCUUGGCUCAGCUUAAAGAGCAGUUAUGUGUGCAUUUUAUUCAAUAUAUUUGUAUAAACUUAACAUAUAAAAAAUUCAUAAAAUUUUUGAAUUUUGCGGCAUCAAAUUAUGUACAACAUUAAUAUCAUACAAUUUUUGAAAGAAAUACCAAUGAUUUUCUUGCACAAACUCUACUACAUAAUCAACUCUUUUUUAAACUUUAACAAUCUUAUGCGGUACAGUAAUCAAUCCCAUUUGCUUUGAUAUCUGUACAGCGUUCAAAGGUGUUCGAGAGAUGUUAUUCUUCUGCCAUGAAAAAAUCUCUGUUAUUAUAUACAAUAUAUUGUACACAUUUCUGUAAUGGACUGUAUAUUUUACUGCACAAUAAAAUUGUGAUGAAUUAUAGCGCGAGAGAGAAAGAGAUCGAGAAUAAUCUUUAUUUCUCUAUUUAUGGAAUAUGAUAUUAUAUAAAGAUAUUCAAUAAAUAAUUUAAAAAUUA